AUGUCCUACCAACCGCGCAGUCGAGAACUCUCCUGGGCUAAGCCCCUCUCCAUCGACCUCUUCCUCAAGGUCCUCAAUGUCACCUUCUUACACCCCUUCGUGGCAUGGAUGCUCCCAUUAUGUAUGCGCGCGCAAGCUAUGUCCUGGUGGCAUCCUGCGAUGCAAGUUGUCAUCGCAUACGCGUCUCUCUUAACCGCUCUUUUCUUCCUAAACACGCUUAAUCGCCAGAUCGCAUACUCGAAACCACGCACAGUAGAUCUCUCCGAGGAAGUCAUUGUGAUUACGGGUGGCGCAAGUGGCCUGGGGCUUUUGAUUGCAGAGGUCUACGGCAUGAGGGGUGCUACGGUUGCGGUGCUAGAUGUCAAGGACUUGGAGUCGGGAGAAGCGAGAGGAGUGUCGGUCUACAAGUGUGAUGUGGGCGACAAGGAACAGGUAGCAAAGGUAGCGGUUGAGAUUGAAAGAGAUCUUGGUCCUCCAACAAUCCUUAUCAAUAAUGCCGCAAUCGUCAACGGGAAACCCCUCCUCGACCUUUCAAUCGAAGAAAUCGAGCGCAACUUCCACGUAAACCUUCUCUCCCACUUUUAUGUUCUCAAGAACUUCCUCCCUGGUAUUAUGCGAGCUGGACAAGGUACAAUUGUCACCAUCUCGAGCGUUCUGGGCCAAAUUGGUGCCGCUCAUUUGAGUGAUUAUGCUGCUGCUAAGGCAGGAAUAACAGCUAUGCACAAAUCUUUGGCAGCGGAGCUCAAGUCGACACCAAAUAUCAAGACUAUACUUGUAUCUCCUGGCCAGUUGACUACUCCUCUCUUCACUGGUGUCCAGACUCCCAAUUCAUUCUUUGCUCCCGUAUUAGAACCGGUGGAUGUUGCGAAGGAGGUCAUUGCUGCUAUUGAUGGGGGGAGUAGCACAGAGCUGGCAAUGCCACUUUAUGCACGAUGGAUAGACUGGAUGAAUGUCAUGCCAGUGGGUGUACAGACUAUCAUGCGGAAGAUGUCUGGUGUUGACAGCGGUAUGAAAGGCUUCGUGGGAAGAGGGGAAGGAGAGAAAGAACCUCUGAUAUAA